UUGGGCUUUUGCCACAACUUAUCAACUCGUAACUCCUAAUUCUUAAUAAUUGCAAGUUUUUCGACAUGCGUUAUCAGAACUGGGACGUUCUUAUGUUCCCAAACGAAUUAUGUAAGAUUCCAUUACAAGAGUUCAAAACCUCCUGUCAAGUUGUUCAAGAUCCCGGUAUGUGCCUGCACUCAAUUUGGAGUUGAAUGCCUUUAGAGCUGAUGCCAUCACAGAAGUUCAUCAAUCACAGAGCACUGCUCUACUACUUCCCACAGUCACUUGUUUCGUUCCAAGCUUGCCUGCUGGAGAAUCUUUCAGAAUAUCUAUCCAUUCUUGGCAAAAUCCCGAAGCCAGCCGUUAUAUACAUCAGAUUAGUAGCAGACAUGCCGAGAAUGUUCUGUUUGAAGCCCGUGUAUUCGUCGAUGGACGAAUUGCUAGGUAAUUCCCAGCCAUUUAUUGCGGAAAGUAGCGGAAUUGACGAGUUCGCAGUACUAAACUUUUUCAUCGAAAUGGCCCAUGGCCAACAGUUCUCGAAACUAGUGUCGGUAAAUAUAGAACCUCCCUUUUGGACUGCACCACACACGGGCAUAACUAUACAAUGGAAUGACAGAGUGUCAAGGUGAUCUAACAACCCACAGAACUCGACAAACAGGGAGAUUACAAAAAACUCGAGUUUCCCGCUUUUCACCGCGAACUUCUCUCACAGAGUUAUUGGAACCCUGGAGACGACCUUGGGCGUGUGAAGGUAGUAGUAUCGGAAGGUGUUCCACGAGAUAAUCUCUCUAUGCCAUUUGAACGUAUCAAGAACCUAGUAGCUUUCUCGUUUCAGCAUGCCCCGUUAGGUAUAUCUAUUUACUAGCAUGUCCAUAAUGACAAAAUUAUCGAAUUAACGGCUCUUAGAUGUUCUCGAAGCCUCUUCUAUUGCAUGGCCAAAUGCGACUAUGUGGCGCCAGGUCUCUCUUGUCGCACCUUUCUAUAAUCACCACUCUUCACCAAAACGGGUAGAAGAAGAUCGUGAGGCUCAUGCGCACUCUCCACGAAAGCCUCCAGCCGUUGAGUUCAUGUCCUCACAGACGAAUUCUAUGCCACCACCACCACCAUUUUCAAAAGCUCCGAACUUUGACCCAUUCACUUCAGAACCGACACGUCCCUCCUUCCCAACCUGGCGUCGUCAAGGAACCUCGACUGAUACUUCUAUGCCAGAUCUCCCAAGUAAUUCUAGUGAACAGGCAGGAAGCACCCGGAAUGUGUCAGAUCCUAUGAUAAUUGAGAAAGCAUUUCGAAAUAAUGACAUGCAGAGUACGGGCGCGUACGAAUCUCUAUGUGAAGCAUUGUUACCACCUGUGCCUGAUAAUACACCGCAAAAUGAAUCUGAAGUUACAUUGGUGAACUCAAUUGCAAUUCGGCAGCCAUCUAUGCAAAGAGGGCCUAGCAGACCCUGCAUCGACCGUGUACCAACACCACGUGUACUUGAUGCACCAGAUACACCUGAAGGACUUGUAUCUCAAAUUGAAGAAGAUCGUUUCCUUUAUUCCAGAAGAUUAAGCUCCUCUUCAUUAAGUUACGCCAAGAGCAAUAAAGAAAAUGGUGGUCGAAGUCCAGGAGGUCAACCAGAAAUUCUUGGCCCUAACAAUCAGCGAAAUACAAGUGGUAGUUCUACUCGAAGAUCAUCUCAUCUUUUCACAUCGACUAAUGUAAUGGGUACCAAGAGACAAAGGAAUGUUACUCCUGCAUCCUCGAAAGCUAUUGAUGAUGAGGAUGAACCUAGAUCUUCUCCUUCAUUAAGAAAGGCUUCGAGACAAUCAAAUGCUAGUGGACAUAGUAGGGGAAAAGAUUCGGAGAGGAAAGUUUUAAGUGCAGUUGAUAAUGUUUAAGGAGCAAUUAACCACAAAGUAUAUAAGGCAGAAGUUGCAGCUCAAACUUUGAGUGUUUAUCAUUUCUGAUGGACACCAGCGUUAGAGACUUGAGGGGGAGGACUAAAUUAUUUAUUUGUUCAUG